AUGAAUCGUGCUUCGAAUCGAGCUAGACAACUACAGUCGCGGCAUUUCGGCGCCGCUCUUAUAAAAGCACACUCCGAUGUGCAAGCCCAAAACAAGCGCAGCUUCCAAGAGAAGAGAGAGUUCAAGGCAAGACGGCUUCACAGGCGCAGCAUGCCGACGGGCGACGCUAAAUCUGCCUUUUGGUACCUGGCUGUACAUGUGCAAAUCGCCUCAGACAGCGGUCGAAAGAAAAAAAGAAUCAUGGAAAAUUUUGUUUCUGCCGGACUGAUCUUUGUUGCAUUUGAUGAGCAUGGAGAAGCCUCAGCUGUGACAUUGCUAAGCCUUCGUCUUGGCAAUAUUCUCCAGGAUCAGACACCGGGCCGACUUACCAAGUUGGGAACCCCCCAUGUUGAGGAUCCGUUUUGCGCCAAGCCUUUUUUAACUCCAAAGUCCAAGGCGGAGUAA